CUCCUCUCCUCUUCCUUGUUAACACGACAAUAAACACGACUCUCUUGCUUUCAAUCUCAGCUUUCCAAUUCCAUCGAAGCGAAUUCAUUGCCCGUAUCAUGGCGUCGCAAUCCAUCUACAAGCUCGGCGGUAGUGCCCUUCGCCGUUCAAUGCGAGCCUCCAUUCGACCACAAACGUCAUUCAACGGCCUCCGGAGCAGAAUCCCAGCCACCCCAAUCCUGCAGAACCUCCCCAGGGCAUCUGCUACCACCUCAGUGCGAUACUUCAAUUCCUCGAAAUCAUUCCGCGCGAUUACACCUGAGUCUGAGAAUCCACCUCCCAAGGAGAGCGAGCCUUCAGAGCUACCGACGGUUCCGACCGACAUCCCUACUGCGGAAUACCAUGAAUUGGCGGAUGCUUAUUUGGAGGAGCUUGUUAACCAGUUGGAGCUUAACCAGGAAAAGCGGCCGGAUCUGGACGUUGAGUAUGCUGCUGGUGUGCUCGAGGUCUCAAUUCUAAGUAAAGGAACUUAUGUCCUGAACAAACAGCCACCGAACAAGCAGAUAUGGCUCAGCUCUCCCAUAACUGGACCAAAAAGAUUCGACUGGGUCGUGACCGGCGAAGGCCAGCACCAGAAGGAAGGCGCUGGCGGAGGGGAUUGGAUCUACCUGAGAGAUGGUACCUCCUUGACGAAUUUGCUGCAAAGGGAACUAGACGUACAGCUCGGUGUUGAUAGAGAUGCUCCACAGUAGUGGGAGGCUCAGAUGUAGUGAUGCACAUCGGACCGUAGUAGGCUUGGGAACAAAUCAAUGUACGGGUAUGAAUAUAUAUGUAAUAUCAAUAACUUUCAAAAAUGGCACAGGUACCCACGAUUCGGGG